AUUGAACAAGGUGUUGAUAUUUCCCAGGAUAAUUGGGGACUACUUUUAUAUUUUAUUGUAUUAGCUACACGUUGGUGCGUAAAAUAUUUUUUGGCUAUAUUAAAAAAAACCUCUAUGAGGUCUCAGUCAUAGUGGUUUUAUAUCCCCGCCUCUGCACAUCCAACGAGUGCGCCGCUUUGUAAACAUGUACACACACAAUUAGAGGACCCAGAGCUUCACCACGAGAAUCCAUACAGAAUAUUUUCUUUUUAAAUGUUUUGAUAAAUGUUAGUAGGGUGGCUAUUCUUUAGCUCAACGCUGAUGAUAAUUUGAUGCCAAGGCUUUUUACUGAGACCGCAGUAUAGACUGCAGAGAUGAAGGCCAAGAAGAAGAAGAGACAGGAUGACUUCCAGAAGGUCAAGUUAAAGGUGGGAAAGAAGAAGCCCAAAGCUGACAAUGCCACCAACACAAACUUCCGCACAAAGGGAAUACAUCUACCUGAGCAGCUGAAGAGAGACACAAGUGGCCCCACCACACACAGACAGCUUGGUAUCAAUGACCUUCUGUCUCAGCUCCACCAUUACAAUGCCAAUGUGAAACAUAGUGCCUUGAUGGGUUUGAGAGAGUUGCUGUCCCUUAAUCCAUCUCUGUUAGAGCAGCAUCUCUCUCGUCUGCUUUCUGAAGUGGCAGCCGUUUUCACAGACAAGGAUGGCAAUGUUCGUGUGGCAGCUACACGUGUGCUCAGGUUCAUUGCACAGUCUGUGCCUGCAGAACGAGUGGCCCCAUUUUUCCCUCUCCUCAGUGCUCACCUGUCUUGUGCGAUGACUCACAUUGAGGCAGGCAUCCAGGAGGAUGCAAUGAAGGUCCUUGAUGUGUUGUUGGAGCACUACCCUGCUCUGCUGGCAGCACGGCCCGCAGUACUCCUCACCAACUUCUUAGAAUUAAUCUCUCACAGACAAAGCAAUGGAGGGGCCAAAAAGCCCCAGGAUGCCAAGGGGCGGACCUGGUCACUGUCGGUCGGUCUUAACAGGGCUGUGACUAGCCAGCAGUGGCGGCUUUCUGUGCUUCUCAGGCUUGGACGCUUUCUGCAGGCAGUUGUUGAGGAGAGACCGGUGGAGGAAGGUGACAUGUCUGGUUUAACUGAAGGAGUGUUUGGUUCCAGUGGAGAGGGCCGGAUUACACCUCUGCUCCUCAACUGGGAAGAGCUCACCUACAGUAAGGUCGGCGUUAAAGUGUAUGAACAUUCUGGGGCCAAACCAACUCCACAUUCCACCUUCAGACUCAGACCUGAGGUGGAUCCUGUAGCUGCAGUGGUUGAGAGUCUGGACUCAGCCGAGGCUGUUCAGAGCUUUGCAGCUACACUGGUGCCUCUUCUGCUCGAAGUCUGGGUGGAGGCCAGCACUAGUGACUCUCCCUGGAGCAACACUGAGGGCGCUCACCUACUCACCCCAGAUGCCAUGUCAGUAAUGUUCCAGGUGUUGUCUAUUCUGCAGCUGCUGAGAAAACUGGCACCACAGCAGGAGCACCAGGAUGCACUGGAUGCAUGGUUUCGAAAAGAAUACCUGGCAGAUUUUAAACAGCACUUCAUGAAAAACUUUCCCUAUGGGACUCAGGAUAUACCCAAACAUAAAAAGAAGGUUGAUCUCAAAAGGAGUAAACAAACUGCAGCCAUUCCAGGUCUGACUGUGGAACCUCUGGCCCUAAACAUCACACUUUGCCAAGUUAUGGUGUCCCUCAGCCAGAGGCAGGGACUCGGCCGAGAGACGGAUGGAGACUGGUUAACGCUGCUGAGGACGUUCGUCCGAGACACCCUGGGCAGUGGAGUGAAACUAAGCUACAGGCAGCUCCACAUGCUGCUGGGCACUGUGUGGAAGAUGGUGCUCACACAGAGGAGCAAAACAGUGACAGAGGACCUGUUGGCAGCAGUGUAUAUCUACUAUAAGCAGAGGCACCUGACUCUACAGACACGAUCUCUGCUGCUGUCCUUCUACAGCAAACUCUACCUGCAGGAACAGGGUCAUACACACAUUGCCAGGAGUAAGGUGCUGUGUCGGUGGUUGGCAUCUCUUCCUGUGCAGUUGUCCCAGCUGGGCCACCGUAACCCCGCUCUCUCUGCGCGACUUAUCCUGUCCAUCCAUGCUGCUGCUUCUCGAGGAAACAAGGAUCUGCUCAACAGUCUGCAGACGCAUGCCUGCAGCCUCUAUGAUCCACAGGAAGGAGUUGUGGUGCUGUUACCAGCAGAGUCCCAGCAACGAAUGGUGCAGCUGCUCUACUUCCUUCCCAAGAUGUCCCAGUCUCUUCUGGCCAACCUGAGCUGCUGCUGCACUGCCGGGCGAAUCUCUGCUGGACUCGCUGCCUCUCUGAUUCGGAUCGUACACCUUAGGUCAUCUCUGAGCGGCUGGUCGGUUGGGAACCAGGAAGCGGCUCUGCAGGACGUGGACUACAUCAGCUUCCUGUUCUCCACCCUGACGGGCUUCUCGUCCGACAAGCUCACCUCCCUGCAGGAGGCUGGUGACGAGAGUGCCCUGCCUCCCUCCCCUCUCUCACCUCUCAGUCUCUACCCCACCCCACUGGAGCAGUUCACACACCACUGGGACGUUGUUGAGGAAGUCUGCCACUGUCUGGAAACUCUGGGCUCCAAGUCUCAGUGCUUUGACAUCUUGCAAAAUGGCAUUUGCAAAUACCUGACCAAGUUGGGAGUUGUUCCUGACAGCAUGGCAGCCGGGCUGCUCAGAGCAGUGUCCAGAUUACUGGACCUGUCCGUCCUGCCCAUUGAGCCGGUGCUGCGCUUCUUGUCCCAGUGCUGCCUCAGCCUGCUGGCUCUGCUCAUCACCCUGCAGCAGGAAACACCUGCUGAAACCAACCAUAAAAGGGAGGCAAUUUGGGGUGCUUGUGUGUUAGCGCUAAGCACCGUUCCUCGUCUGCUGCGGAUGGUUCUGCAGUCGUUGCGUGUUGGAGAUCUGAGUGAGGAGGAGCUGCCACAGCUCGGACAGAUCCUGUCAAUGCUGCUGCAGCACACACCGCUCCACAACCAGCUGCUGGCCAAUGCUGCUCUGCUGCAGGAGAUCAUACAACACCUUACGAGGUUCUCCAGGGCUGCCACCAGGGAUCAGUGGCUGACAGAUCUGCUCUACUGUUACAGCCUCACUGUGGCUCAUGGCUCCUCCGCUCACCGUGGAAACCUGGGCCUUCGAGACAUGUACUGACCGAUGCGCCAACCAGACAAAUACCUGGUGUGUUGAUCAGUUCACCUUCUCAAACAUCUUUGACAAACAAAACACUCUCAGAGCUCAGUGCUGAUAAGUUCAUAAGACAAAGACAGGAAUACAAUCCUUUUUUGGGUUAAUUAUUUUUUUUUUUUUAAAUGUGAGUGACAAUGAAUACCCCACAUUGUUGUUUUAAGAACUUCAACUGUUUUUCCUGUCUCUUUAUUGCCUCAUUCUUAGUCUGGUAAUUGUCUUUUUUUGCAUCUUGAGUAUUGUUUCUGCAGAACAUUGUUCAGUCCUUAUUGGGGUACCUGGUGACUUUUGAUUUUUAAAAAGUAAACUAAAAGAAAAAAAAAAACACACAAAAUAAAGUUAAAUCAAAGUGCACUGC